CGGCUUCCAAAGCGUUCACUUGACCAAAUUCGACGUGUUUCGGACACGAAGGUUCAAUUUUGGCCAGUUUAACUGCAUUUUGUACCUCGUAAAAUGUCUACCGCGGUACAAUCACGUGAAAUACCAAUUCUAGAGACAGUUGAAGAUAUCCAGCAGCGGCGUGAACAAGUUCUACAGCGAUAUGCGAACUUCAAAGAUGCUGCAAGAYUGAGAAGAAAGCGCCUCGAGGACGCCAAGAGAUACUUUCAAUUCAAGAGAGAUGCCGAUGAAGUGGAGACUUGGAUCAAUGAAAAGCUUCAGAUUGCUUGUGAUGAGUCAUGGAAGGAUCCUACAAACUUGCAGGAUAAGCUCCAAAAACAUCAAGCCUUUGAGGCUGAGAUCUCAGCUCACAGCUAUGCCAUAACUGAACUCCAGGGGACUGGGGAAGAGAUGAUCAGUGAGUCCCACUAUGCAUCUGAACUUAUCAGGGAACGCCUUGACUCGCUGAUAAAACUAUGGGAGCUUCUAUUGUGCAAGUCUGCAGAGAAGGGCCGCAUGCUUCUMUUUGCACAGAAACGUGUGCACUACUURCGAGAAGUUGAAGAAGUCAUGACCUGGAUCCAUGAAAAAGAAGCCAUAGCAACUGUUGAAGAACUCGGCAGAGACUUAGAACAUGUUGUUGUCCUGCAAAARAAGUUUGAUGACUUCCUCAAAGACCUACAAGCCAAUGARUCAAGGAUUACKUACAUCAAUGACUUGGCUGAUCAACUUGCUGAAGAAGGCCAUCCUGACAUUGAGCUAAUAAGUCUCAAGCAAAGAGAGGUUAAUGAAGCUUGGGAACGACUAAAGAGGYUGUCACUYCUGAGAAAAGAAAAACUUGAGAGUGCUCAUGAGAUUCACAACUUCUAUCGUGAUGCUGACGAGACAAAGAACUGGAUCAAUGAGAAAGACAAAGUGUUGUCUUCAGAUGACUACGGCAAAGAUCUUGCUAGUGUCAAUGCUUUGUUAAGAAAACACGAGGCAAUGGAGAGAGACCUGGCUGCUGUUGAAGACAAGGUGACAGCGCUUGGACAAGAAGCUGGGCGUCUUCAAGAGAUCCACCCAGAAAAUGCUGAAGAGAUUUCAGCAAAACAAGAUGAGAUUGUUUCUGCCUGGGGAAACCUGAAAGAUAAAUCUGAUGUACGAAAAGCAAGACUGGAGGAUUCCUAUCGGUUGCAGAGAUUCAUUGGUGAUUUUAGAGACCACAUGUCAUUCAUCAGUGAAAUGAAGGUGUUGAUUCAGUCUGAUGAGCUGGCAAAGGACGUCGCUGGAGCUGAGGCUCUGUUGGAACACCAUCAAGAGCAUAAGGGCUACAUCGAUGCUUCUGAGGAUGGCUUCAAAAAGUUCAAUGACGAUGGACAAGAACUCAUUGAUGGCAAUCACUAUGCUAGUGAAGAGAUCAAAGAGAAACUCACCACUGUUGAACAAGAAAAGUCCAACCUGCUUGAAUUGUGGGAGGCCAGGAAAGUUGAGUUUGAACAGUGUUUGGAGUUCCAGAUCUUUAUGAGAGACUGUGAACAUGCAGACAUCAUGAUGACCAAGCAAGAGGCAUUCCUUGCUGAUGACAAUCUUGGAGAUUCUCUGGACUCUGUAGAGGCUUUGAUCAAGAAACAUGAAGACUUUGAGAAUUCAUUUGCUGCCCAAGAAGAGAAGAUCAAGACCAUUGAUGAAUUUGCUGAGAGACUCAUCGGUAGUGGCCACUAUGCCAGCGAUGCUGUCAGAGAAAGAAGAGAUGCUCUCAUGGCAAGACGUGCUAGCAUCCAGGAAGUAUCAGAAGCCAGGCGUUUAAAGCUUGAGGAAUCCAGAAAGUUGCAGCAGUUUGAGAGAGAUGCUGAUGAAGUGAAGGUCUGGAUCACUGAAAAAUUGAAAUCAGCCCAAGAUGAGUCCUACAAGGAUCCAACCAACCUUCAAGGAAAGACUCAGAAACAUCAAGCAUUUGAGGCUGAGCUGAAUGCCAACAGAAACCGCYUGGAUGCUGUUGAUGCUACUGGCCACCAACUUAUCUCUGAGGACCACUAUGCCUCUGAAUUGAUCCAACAGAGACUUGAUGAGCUUCAUGAAUUGUGGAGAUAUCUCUUUGAGUGUUCUGGCAGCAAAGGUAAAAAACUGAUUGAAGCAACACAACAGCAGCAAUUCAACAGGGGAGCAGAGGAYAUUGACUUAUGGUUUAAUGAAAUUGAGAACCUACUUGCUACAGAUGAUACUGGGAAGGACCUGACUUCUGUGAAAAAUCUUCAGAAGAAGCAUGACAUGAUUGAAGCUGAUGUUGUGACUCGUGUGGAGAAGAUUGAAGCUGUCAAUGCCCAAGCAGCAUUUUUAGAAGCAGACCACUUUGAUGCUCCUGCUAUCAAGCAAAAGAAGGAAAUCCUCAAUGAAAGAUACCAAAAACUACAUGCUCCACUUCAAGCAAGAAARGUUCAGCUUAAGAAUGCAGCCAGGUUGAAGCAGUUCUUACAUGAUGUAGAAGAUGAGCAAGCCUGGAUAAGAGAGAAAGAACCAAUUGCAUCAUCAACAAACACUGGAAGAGACUUGUUUGGUGCUCAGAACCUGUCCAAGAAACAUCAAGCUCUCAUGACUGAAAUUUCCGGACAUGAACCACGUAUUAAAGCUGUAGAGUCUAGUGGCCAAGAAAUGCUCAACGAAGGACAUUUUGCCUCUGACCAAAUCAAGGACAAAUUGGAUGAUCUUGACCAAAAAUGGAAUGACUUAAAGGACAAGGCCAACGUUCGCAAAGGACAUCUUGAUGACUCGCUUCAGUCUCACCAGUAUUUGGCUGACGUUGAUGAAGCUCAGUCAUGGCUGCUUGAGAAAGAACCUAUUGUUACACUCCUACAACUGACAUCUCAGACAAGGAAUGUGUAAUGGCACUUUAUGACUACGAGGAAAAGACAGCAAGAGAGGUCUCCAUGAAGAAGGGAGACAUUCUUACUCUACUGAAUGCUAGCAACAAGGAUUGGUGGAAAGUGGAGACUAACGACCGUCAAGGAUUUGUCCCAGCUGCGUAUGUUAAGAGAAUUGACUCCCAUAAGGCUUCACAAGAACUUCUCUCUAAAGCCCCUGAGAUUGACUCAGUUGUGCAGCAACAACAGGCUCUUGACGACAAGUAUGAUGAACUGAUGAGAAAAGGUGAAGAAAGAAAACAAAAACUUGAAGAUUCAAUCCAUCGUUAUACCUUACUCCGUGAGGCUCAUGAACUUGAGUCAUGGAUCAAUGACAAGGAGGCAAUAGUCACCAGCGAAGAAGUCGGCAAAGACUACGAACAUGUUGAAGCCAUGCAGAAGAAGUUUGACGACUUCCAGAAAGAUUUAACAGCAAAUGAAGUACGCAUUAAGGAACUGACUGUCUUGGCUGAGAGGCUCAAGGAGGAGCACUACACUGAGUAUGAAAUGAUCCAGGAGAUGAUUGAGAAACUGACUCAGAAAUGGAAAGAUCUCAAUCACAUGGCUGAGCAGCGCAAGGAUAAUUUGGACAGUGCACAAGAGAUUCAGAAAUUCCACAGGGACGCUGAUGACACCAAAGCCUGGAUUUCUGAGAAAGACACAGCUCUCUCCUCAUCUGACUAUGGCAGGGAUUUGGCUAGUGUACAGGCAUUGCAACGUAAACACGAUGUCCUAGAAAGAGACCUUGCUGCUCUUGAAGAAAAGGUCCGCCAACUGAACAUUGAGGCUGCUCGUCUUACCUCAACUCAUCCAAGCAAGUCUCAUGAUAUCGAGUCCAAGAGAUAUGAACUAGAAGAAGCUUGGGCCAAUCUGAAAGACCAGGCUGCAGCAAGAAAGGGAAAACUACUAGAUUCAUAUGACUAUCAGCGUUUCCUCAACGAAUACAGGGAUCUUAUCUCAUGGAUCAAUGGUAUCAAACAGCUUGUCUCUUCUGAUGAGCUCGCCAAGGAUGUCGCUAGUGCCGAGGCUUUGAUUGACAGRCAUCAGGAAUAUCGUGCAGAGAUUGAUGCCCGUGAUAGCACCUUCCAAGCCUAUGAUGAAUUUGGAAGAGAAUUGCUGGAGAAAGAGCAUUACGCCAGCCCAGACAUACAAGAAAAGCUUGAAAAACUAGCAGAAGAACGGGACGAGCUUGAAAGAGCCUGGUUGGCAAGAAAACAGAGACUUGAUGAGUGCCUUGAACUCCAGCUGUUCAACCGAUCAGCAGAGCAGCUGGAAGCCUGGAUGGCAACAAGAGAAGAAAUUAUCGAAAAAGAAGAAGAUACUGAAGGAGAAGGAGCUGAAGCCUUGAUCAAGAAGCACGAAGACUUUACUCGAGCUCUAAAAAUCCAAGAAGAGAAGGUUGCAAACCUGAAAGCAAAUGCSGAUAGGUUGAUUGAAGCUAAUCACUAYGAUUCGCCAGCCAUUGCUGAAAGGAUAUCUGCUGUUCUAGCAAGGUGGGCAACCCUCAAGCAAGCCCUUGUUGAGCGUCGAUCUAAACUAGGAGAAUCGAAGACAAUCCAGCAGUUUAGCCGUGAUGCCGAGGACAUUGAAGCGUGGAUAAGUGAGAAACUGCAGACGGUUCUGGACGAGUCCUACAAGGACCCAACUAAUCUACAAUCAAAGUUCCAGAAGCAUCAGGCGUUUGAGGCAGAGAUCGAAGCAAACAAGGAGAGAGUCCUGGAGACRACUAACCUGGGAGAAGGUUUGAUCGAGCAAAAGAAAUGUGCCGGAAGUGAAGAAAUCGUUCGUGAACGAAUCACUAAACUAGAGCAGUCCUGGGAACAGCUGGUCAUCAAGUCCCAGAAAAAGACCCAACAUCUCAARGAAGCCAACCAACAGCAGCAAUUCAACAACAACAUCAAAGACCUKGAUUUCUGGYUAGGCGAGGUGGAGAAUUCCUUGUCAUCCGAUGACUAUGGUCGUGAUCURGCCAGCGUGCAGAACUUGAUUAAAAAGCACCAGCUUGUCGAAGCAGACAUCGCAGCGCACGAGGACCGMAUMACUCAACUUGARGCCCAGACUCAACACUUCGCUGAAGAAGGUCAUUUUGAUGCUGACGCUUUGCAAGAGAAAUCCCAAGGAAUCACUGAGCGUUACGAGAAGGUUAAAGACAUGGCCUCCAACAGAAAAGACAAACUCCAGGAAUCUAAUGAUCUGCACCAGUUCUACCGCAAUGUUGACGACGAGGAGUCCUGGAUCAAGGAGAAGAAGUUGCUUACAAGCUCUGAGGACUACGGGAAAGAUCUSAGUGGUGUAGAGAAYUUGAGAAAGAAGCAUCUUCGUCUGGAAGCUGAGAUCUCUAACCACAAACCCAGAGUGGUUGCUGUGAUCGACUGCGGUGAAAAGUUUGUAGAAGAGGGACAUAGCAAUUCCGAUGAGAUCAAAGCACGUGUUGUCGGGCUGCAAGAAAAGUGGGACGAACUGGAAUCACUCGCUAAAGAAAGGCAACACAAGCUAGACGAUUCUCUGGCUUACCAACAAUUCAGUGCUAACGUUGACGAAGAGGUUUCCUGGAUCAACGAGAAGAAUACCUUGGUUGGUAGUGAUGAUUAYGGCGACACGCUAGCCGCUGUGCAGGGACUGCUCAAAAAGCACGAAGCCUUUGAGACUGAUCUUGAAGUGCAYAGAGAGCGGGUAGCGGACAUCGAGAGCGCUGGYAACAAACUCAUUGAAGAUGGGAACCACCAAUCAGAACUUAUCGAACACAGGAUAUCYUCAACAAAGAACAAGCUUGCAGAGUUGGAGCGCAUGGCRUCGUAUCGCAAGACCAAAUUGAAUGACAACUCRGCAUUCUUGCAGUUUAACUGGAAGGCUGAUGUUGUGGAAUCAUGGAUUGGCGACAAGGAAGGCAUUGCCAAUUCCGAAGACAUUGGUCGCGACUUGUCAUCUGUGCAGACUCUUAUCACAAAGCAGGAGACCUUUGAAGCUGGUCUGAAUGCAUUUGAAAACGAAGGCAUUGCACGUGUKACAGCUCUGAAGGACGAGUUGGUYAGGUCUCAGCAUGAGCAAUCACCUGCCAUCAUCAAGCGCCAUGAUGAUCUUAUCAAGAGGUGGCAAGAGCUAUUGGAUGCUUCCCUGGCUCGCAAGGAACGACUCAUCCAGUCACAAGAGCAGUACAAGAAGGUCGAAGAUCUGUUCCUUCUUUUCGCAAAGAAAGCUUCUGCUUUCAACAGCUGGUUUGAGAAUGCUGAAGAGGAUCUCACCGACCCUGUCCGCUGUAACUCUGUAGAGGAAAUAAGCGCACUCCAAGAAGCGCAUGCACAGUUCAGACUGACCCUUGACCAAGCCGAGGAGGACAUGUACGCUUUGAGGAAACUGGACCGACAAAUAAAGAGCUACAAAGUCCAAGUUAACCCGUACACAUGGUUCACUAUGGAAGCCCUCGAAGACACCUGGGAUAAUCUCCAGAAAAUCAUCGAGGAGCGCGAAGAGGAUCUCCGCAARGAGGCACAGCGUCAAGAAUACAACGACGGSCUGCGCCAAGAGUUUGCGCAACAUGCUAACGCCUUCCAUGCCUGGCUUACGGAAACUAGGGCGAUCAUGGUAGAAGGACAAGGCGACCUUGAAGACCAGUUAGCAGAAAUCAAAAAGAAAGACGCCGAGAUAGCUGACAGUAAAGCYGACUUGGAAGUCAUUGAAGGUCUUGGCUUCCAAAUGGAAGAAGCACUUAUCCUUGAUAACAGGUAUACUGAGCAUAGCACGGUGGGACUUGCUCAACAGUGGGACCAACUCGACCAACUUGCCAUGCGUAUGAAACACAAUCUCGAGCAGCAGAUCCAGGCUCGUAAGACUACAGGUGUGUCAGAGGAAAGUCUCAAAGAGUUCACCAUCAUGUUCAAGCACUUCGACAAAGACAAGACCGGAUAUCUGGAYUAUCAGGAAUUCAAGUCUUGYUUGCGUUCAUUGGGUUACGACCUGCCUGUUGUCGAAGAAGGAGAAUCGGAUCCAGAGUUUGACGCCAUCAUAGCUCGUGUUGAUCCUAAYGGCGACGGUGUUGUCUCCAUGGGYGAGUACAUGGCUUUCAUGAUUAGCCGUGAGACAGAAAACGUUGGCUCCAGUCARGAGGUUGARAAUGCCUUCAUGGCACUAACUGAAGGAGGCAAGAAGAAAUACGUCACUGAAUCCGACCUCUAUCAGUCUCUCACCAAGGAACAGGCCGAGUAUUGCAUCGAGAACAUGCGUCCRUAUGUUGACGAGAAAGGCCGUGAGAUACCUGGUGCCUACGAUUACAAGUCAUUCUGUGGUAAACUCUUUACUAACUAAAACCACUACAAAAGAGCUUGGUGAUAKACAACUUACAAAGAGGAAAACAAAAGGAAAUUUUAGUUUUAUUUGUCAAAAUCAAAAUUGUGGUAAUCUGUUUUCGGUCAUUCCCRUUGUUAUGACGACCUUGGUCUUGGGUAUUUUGAGUUGUUGAGUGUUUUUGUUUUAAUAUGUUGGUAGAGGUAACAUUACAAUGUACAUUUACUGUAAGAAGCAUAAUUGCUUUAAUUUGAUGGCAGCGAAAACCAUAAUAUUCUAUUGUUGGUAAAUCUUAUCUCUUAUCUUUAUUUGUAUUUUUCCGUUUAGUUGUAUUCGCAUUUUGAUUAUCACAAAUAAAAACUAAGCAAACACA